AUGGAAUCGAUUGAUCCUAAGAAACUGGAAGAGAUUUUGCUGAAAACAAAGCCAAAAUACAGCAAGUUUCCUGUAGCUACCACAAUUCCAAAAAGGGAGUCAUUGCUGUGGUUGUACGACACUCCUCCGAAUAGAGAUAAAACCUUUAACUAUAUGCCUUCUAAUAUUGGCGAGAUUUCUAACAGUUGCUUUAUUAGAGGGCUGCAAAAUUUAGUGCUUGCUGUACCCCUUGGAGCUGGUUUUGGUUUGUUUAUGGGAGCUUUCAGCCUGUUUACAUCAGGAAUGCCGUAUGUUGGUAAUGUUCCAGAAAAGACAACAGCAACUACACUGUUACAAGAAUUCAAAAAGCCAUUCCGUUUCAUGUACCUGAGGGGAAAAGGUUCAGCACGAAUGAUGGCAUCUUUCGGCGCUGUAUAUGGAGGACUGGAAUGUGUCAUUGAGCGUGUUGUGGGGAGAAAGAACAUUUUAACAAACGCUAUUGCUGGUUGUGGAGUUGGCUUGGUUACUGGAAGCAAGCGAGGUCUUCAGGUUUUGCUGCGUUUGGAAUAG